AUUCUUAACUUUUAUCAUAAUCCAACUAUGACUUCCUAUCUCUGUCAUGAUACCAAAUCUGACUUAGGAUCGACAGAGUUUGCUAUAGAAUUUGAUGAUACAAAUGAUGCAAAUGUCAUAAUUGAAGUUGGGGGAGAAAAUAAUUUGGAGUUCAAAUCUUUUAAGGCCCAUUCAUUGGUGUUAUGCGAAAGAUCCAUUUAUUUUAGAAUUGCAUUAUCGGACAAAUGGGCUAGGAAGGAAGAGGAUAUUUAUAUUCUUAAAAAGCCAAACGUUGCACCAAAGGUUUUUGAAGUUAUUUUAAAUGAGAGUUUAGAGCACUUAAACGGUCCAGAUUCGAUCGCACUAUUAAUCGCUUCAGAUGAAUUAGAACUUCAACGACUAUGUAUACAUGCGCAAACUCAUAUAACAAAUACACAAAACGAUUGGCUCAGCAAAAAUCUAAUACUUGUUCUUGAUAUAAUAUCAAAACAUGAAGAUUUUGACAUACUUCGUGAACAUGUGCUUGGCAUAGUGUGUAGGGAUCCUCAUUUAAUUUUUGGUGUUAGAGUUCCUUACAAAAAGAUUUUACCAAAACAAUUGAAUGAGGACAUUAUUAAAUAUUUUAUGAAACCUGGUUGUGAACUUACUACUAGAAUUUUACCUUCUCGUUUAACGAUUAUAGAUUCUCAUAUCAUUAAAUCCAUCCAUGCUGGACUUAUAAGUAGUUGGAUUGAUGGAAAUGUCCAUGAUAAUGAUUGUUCAAAUUGUAAAAUCAAUUACAAAUUUAAUUUACUUGUUCGUGGAAGUCGUGAUGGUUUUGAUGCAUCGACAUUUCAUAGCCUGUGUGACGACAAAGUCGGGACUGUGGUAAUAAUAAAAUUAAAGGACAGCAAUAAAGUGGUGGGUGGGUAUAAUCCGUGUACAUGGCAACGAACGUUCUUGGGACCACUCACUCUAAUGAGAGAUUAUGAAAACAUUGUAAAUAGUUUUGUGUUUUCGUUUAAUGUUAAUGAUGAUCUGAAAAAUGCAGUGUUGAGUAGGGUUGUGGUAACUAGUAAUGCGUUUUACUAUUCUACUUUGAAUGGCCCUUGUUUUGGAGAUGGUGAUCUUUGGAUGACUGGAACUUUUGGUUCAUCAAGAAGAAUGUCGUAUGAGCAUAGUAUUAUGGAUGUAUCCAAUUUCUUUGCUAACGAUUAUGAGACAAGACAAAUAUCAGAACUUGAACUUACAGCGAUACAGCUUCGUCACGAAGCUACUGGCGCAGAGCAUUUACAUAUUGUUCGUGAUGAUGAUAAUAAUGUUUUUGGGGUGGGGUUUUCGACACCGCCUAUGAAUAGUAGUGGGACUCCGCAUAUUUUGGAGCAUACCACCUUAUGUGGCAGUAAGAAAUUUCCUGUGCGAGAUCCUUUUUUUAAAAUGUUAAACCGUAGUUUGGCGAAUUUCAUGAAUGCUUUUACAGCCAAUGAUUAUACAAUAUACCCAUUUUCUACAACCCAUCAAUUGGAUUAUGAAAAUUUGAGAGAUGUUUACAUGGAUGCAACUUUUCAUCCAUAUUUAAGGGAACUAGAUUUUAGACAAGAAGGCUGGCGACUUGAGCAUCAAAUUCCUCAUGACAGGACAACACCUUUGCAGUUCAAAGGAGUUGUAUAUAAUGAAAUGAAAGGACAGAUGUCAGACGCAGGAUACUUGUACUAUUCCCAAGUUCAGCAAUAUAUGUAUCCAGAAACAACUUAUGGAUAUAAUAGCGGCGGAGAACCAAAGAAUAUCACAGAUUUAACGUACCAAGAACUCUUAAAUUUUCAUAAAUCUCAUUAUCAUCCAAGCAAUGCAAAGUUUUAUACAUAUGGCAAUUUUCCACUGGAAAAUCAUUUGAUGGCUAUUAACAAUAAAAUUAAAGAUUUUAAAAAAUUGAUUCCUGAUAAAGGAAUUAAAAUAGUCAAACCAUUUGAUAAACCUCAAAGGAUGGUUUUUCAUGGGCCUGUUGAUCCAAUGAAUAAUCCUGAAAAACAGACAAAAAUGUCUGUUUCCUUUCUCACAAAUGACAUAACUGAUGCAGUUGAAACUUUUGCUCUGAGACUAUUUGCAUACCUUCUCUUAGAUGGUCAUGCAUCACCAAUGUAUAAAGCCUUGAUUGACACAAACAUAGGAUCGGAUUUUUCAGAAAAUACAGGAUACGAUUCAUCUACAAGAAUAAGUUCUUUAUCAAUUGGACUACAAGGAAUGAAAUCACAAGAUGUACCUUUGGCUGAACAAACAAUAAAAAAAGUUCUUGAAGAUAUUCAUCGUAAUGGAUUUGAUUCAAAACGAAUUGAAGCAGCUCUUCAUCAAACAGAAUUAGGAAAAAAACAUAAAACCUCGGAUUUUGGUUUGAGUUUAAUGCACAGUAUAAGUUCAGGAUGGUUUAAUAAUAGCAAUCCUAUUGACAUUUUAGAGAUUAAUAAGAAUAUAGAAAUAAUAAAAGAGAGGAUAAAAAGUGAACCAUUCUUUCAAAACUUGGUAGAAAAAUAUUUCUUGACAAAUCCUCACACUCUUAUCUGUAUAAUGGAACCCGAUCCACACUAUACUGAAAAAUUGAGCCAAGAAGAAGAAAAAAGAUUAUCUUCAAAAACCUCUGUUCUCACUGAACCAGAGAAGAACAAGAUUUACGAACAGUCUAUUGAACUAAUCAAGAAACAAGAAGCCGAAGAGGAUUUAUCGGUUUUGCCAAGUUUACAUGUUUCGGAUAUAUCGCGAGAAAUGAAAAGAAUUCCAUUAGAACAUCGUAAUUUGGAAGAUUGUUCUAUACAAUGGCGAACUACAACAACUAACGGAAUUACAUAUUUUAAGAUGAUAAGUAAAAUCGAAGGAUUACCAGAUGAGUUAAGAAUAUAUGUACCAUUGUUUGCUCAG